ACUGUACUCAAGGCACUAAAGAAAAUGUCAGAAGAUAAGCAGCUGGUGAGUUACUGUUAUCACAGUUUUUGGCCUGAUAGAGAGAAAGUGACUGAAACUUUCAAGCCUUUAGUGGAUGCACUUUACUCAACCAUUGUUGAUGACUCUGUUGGUCCAGAGCUCUUUAGUGAUGGAGAACAAUGGUUCUCAAUGAACAAUGCCAUAUUUCUACAUGAGAGCAUUGAAAAUGAUGAAAAGAUUGGUGACCUUGCAGUUCAAGUUUGCAAGAAAUAUGCAAAAGGACCCAACCAUGUUGUUCCUCUUCCACUGUGGCUGAGAAAUAGCUUCAAACAGGCUGGCCUAGAAAAGGUUUUACAAAACAGGACAUGGAACUGGGAGAAGUUCUACAGAGAAGCAGUGUUCAGUAACCUAACUACAAUGGACUCGAAGAGUAGAGAUACCCUUGUGCUGCAUGCUAUUGACCUUCAUAUCAAAGAAAUUGACAGUCUGCUGCUCUGCCAUCCAUGCAUACCCACAAAGGGUGGACAGCUCCAACAUGUCAGGAAUCUUGUGAAUCCUACAGGGAAAGUGGCCUGUCUGUUUGAACCAAAAGAGGGACGCUUGCUGGAUGGAUCCGAAAAUGACUUCAGAUCUCCAAAAAGGAUUCAGCGUUUGUUGGAACUCGGUAUGGCAAAUGAUCAUCUCCCAUUGGAAGACAUCACAGAGAAAGCAGGCACAAUUAAUAAAACCUGGAGCACUGACAAAAAUAAAGCAUUUGUCCACUUGAAGUGCCUUUUUGAACUGAUGAAGAAUCACACUGAUGAUAAAGACUCUCACCACUGGAAAACACUCAGGACAACUGCAUUUCUUCCAGCAUAUUCACCUGGUGAUGCAAAAAUGGAAGGAAAUGUAACACUUAAAAAGCCCACAGAUGUUUUUAGUGACAAAUGCUCCCUUCUCGUUAACAUGACACAACCAGUGCUGGAUAAUAGUAAUUUGAAAAUACACCACAGUGAUCCAGUCCUACAGAUCUUGGGCGUGAACAGCACUCCGAAGCCAGAGGUGGUGCUCCAGCAGCUGCAUGAAGGAAGCAAACAAGCACACUCCAUUGACAGAUCCAUGCUUUACAAAAUAGCAUUUGAGUGCUAUAAGUGUCUGGAUCAGUGGAUCUGGGACUCUGGAAAUACCUCUUACAUUUCACAACAAGUAAAUUCAUUUCCAUUCAUCCUCAUUGGCGAUACAUUUGUGAAUGUUGAUCGUGUAGCUGAGAACGGGCAAUUUGAAGCAAAGCCCUAUCUCCACGUACUUCCAGCUGCCUUCACAAGCUUCAGGAACCUCUGGACAUGUAUAGGUGUUGAAAAACAAUUCACAGCCACUCAGUUUCUAACUGUGUUGCAGGAAUUAAAAGCUCAACAUGGAAACCAGCCCCUACCAGAGAGUGAUCUCUCAGUUGUCCUCACAAUUUUAAACAAAGGGAUUUUUGAGGCCAAAGUCAAAAUCAUGCAUGACUGUCUGAUACCCAAUGAGCAUGGAGUUUUGCAGUUUGCUAGUGAGCUGUUUUACAAUGACAGCCCGUGGAUGCCACUCACUUCAGGUGUCACAUUGUGUCACGAGAAUAUCCCACGAGCUAUGGCUCGCCACAUUGGAAUCAAAACAACAAGGCAUCAUUCUCUGGAAACCCACAUAGUUGAUGACAUGUCACCAUUUGCUUUUGAGUUUGAACAGCAGGAACAGCUGACUGUUCGUAUUAAAAACAUAAUUUCAGCCUAUCCAUCAAAGAAGGAUAUCCUUAAAGAGCUCAUCCAAAAUGCUGAUGAUGCAGAAGCAACAGAAAUUCACUUCAUCUGAGACAAAAGACAACAUGGAAAAGAAAAAACAUUUGGGAAGAAAUGGAACCAACUUCAGGGUCCAGCACUUUGUGUGUUCAACAACAAAGUGUUUUCUGAUGCUGACAUUAAGGGAAUUCAACAGCUGGGAGAGGGAGGAAAGCACAACACCCCAGGGAAGAUAGGGAAGUACGGAGUUGGAUUCAACUCUGUUUACCAUCUGACUGACUGUCCUUCGAUCCUUACAGGAGAUGAAGUACUUUGCAUUUCUGACCCCAAUCAAAAAUACAUUGAAAAUCACUCAAAUAAACCACGAUAUGGCAUUGGCUAUAAACUAGCUGACACUUUCAAAGAAAUGUACGUAGAUGUCUACAAAUCAUUUCUUCCAGACAAAUUUUCUCUUAAAGAGGGCACCAUGUUCAGAUUACCUCUGAGAAUGGGUACAAAUGCAAAUACCUCCAAAAUAUCACAGCAAGGACUCACUGACCACGACAUGAAAGAACUGUGCUCUGCCCUGUCUGAAGAUCCUGAAGGACUAAUUCUCUUUCUGAAAAACAUCUGCAAAAUCACAGUCCAUGAAAUCAGUGAAGAUUCAAGAGGACUUAAAACCAUCUUUGAGGUUGAAAAAAAUCUGCCACAGAAAAGUCGGGAAGAAAAAGAUGCUUUUGUAAAACAUCUACAAAAUGCACUGAAAUCAGAGAAAUUAGCAACACAAAAGACUUUCUAUGAAACCACAAUUUCCACCUCAGAUAAAAGACAAAGUAAGUGGAUUGUUGCAGAACAGUUUGGCUCCUUCAAAGACAGCUUUGAAUUAAAACUAUCAGACAAACUUCCCCAAGCAUCAUUAGCUGCACGUGUGAACACAAAAGGAUCCAGCGUCAUGGAUUUUAAAGGAGAAGCCUUUUGUUCACUUCCUUUGCCAGGGAAAACUGGACUGCCAGUACAUGUCAAUGGAAACUUUGAGGUUGAUUCUGCCAGGAGAAGCCUUUGGAAAGAAGAUGGGAAGAGUAAGAAAUCCAACUGGAAUGAGAUUUUGAAACAGAACGUCAUUGCACCACUGUAUGCAGAUCUCCUGCAUUAUAUUAGGUGCAGCAUUGCAGCUAAGAAAGUUUCAGUUGCAAGUACUGACUCAUGUUUCAGAACAGAAUACUUGUGUUUUUGGCCAACUGUGUCCAAGGAUGUUUGCCCAGACUGGCAUGAAAUGAUACAUGAAGUAUACAGAUCACUGAAAGGAAAAGGCCUUGAUGUAAUCCCUGUGAUGAAGAGCUCAACACGGAAAAUUGCAGAUAGAAAAAUUGAAGAAUACUCAUUUGACUGGUGUAAUGUCAGUGAAACAGACUCACUUGAGGCCCCUUACCUUGCAAACUUUACAAACUACAAGUUGAUGCCCAUCUUGGAAGAUCUUGGAAUGAAGCUGGUUCCUUAUUCCACAAACAUGCAGAAGAUUUGGAAAAGUUUCACAGAUGCUGGGGUUGAAGUGAAAGAGGUCAGUCCCUCCACUGUGCGGACUUUUCUACGAGCAAAACCUCUCAAUGAUCCAACCCAAACAGAUGAGGAUUUGCCUUUACCCAUAAGUGCCACUUUGAUCAAAGAUGAGAAAAGAUGUUCAGAGCUCUUAAGUUUUUGUUUAAAAGAUUUCUCCUCACAAAAGGUCACCCAGGACAAUUCAAAUUUACUCAAUGGACUUCCACUUCUUCUCACAAAAGGGAAAAUAUUGACAGUUUUCAACUCCCAGUCACCCAAGUGGAUAUCAGUAUAUGAAAAUCUCUUCUUUCACUACGAGGACAAAUUUGCAGACUAUCAGACAAACAAAGACCACAUUGAACUUCUUCAAAGUUCAAGAAUCAUCCAAAAAAUGACAUUGCCCUGCUCGGAAAAAUAUCUGAAACCAUUAAUUCAGCUUCUUCUUGAGAACUGCUAUGUUGAUCCACACAGUGGUCUUCAUGUCCCAAAUGAGAAAAUGUUGAAGUGGCUGAAAUCACUUUGGAGGUUCAUAAUGAGUGAAAUUAAAGCACCAACAUCUAGAGAUGACGAGUCAAAUCUGAUACUCAGUGAAGUGAGGAAACUCUUCAGUGA